UACUAAUUACAGCAGGGAUUACAUAUUGACGAUAACCGUUUCACUAUUACCUGGUUUAUUUUGCAAAUAACUCAGUUUCUAAAACAAUCAAUCAUUUUAUCAUAAGUUCUUGAACUUCAAAUCGUUGAACACAGAUAUUAUUUUUUUCUAAAGAUGAUUUUCUUUGUAUUAGAAUUCCUCAUUCUUUUAUUUAGUUUCAAUUUGCCGAUUAUUGAAAUGAAUUCUGAAGAAACUACGGUAGAAACUAUAAUUGUAGAAACAACAACUCAAUAUGUUCCAAUCAUAACAGAUAUACCACAAUCGGACAUUGAACUUGCCAUGAACCACGAUUACGGUCGCUACACCACGAUGGCCUUCAACUACAUAAAUAGUCAAUACGAUAACCUGCAGAAUAAUGAAAAUUGCUUUGAUGAAUAUACCAAGUGCCUUAUAACACAAAGUAUAAGUACACCUGUAUGUGCUGUAAAUCAUCCUAAUUAUCCUAGAAAUAGACCAAGAGGAUUUAAAACCUUCAACUCAUACUGCGAUGCAUAUUUCGAUAAUUGUUUAAAAACGAUCAGAUAUUGGCGAAUAUUAGACACCGGAAUAUGCAAUUUUUCAAUACCUGACAGAUUAUUUGAUAUUACACCGUUCCGUAAAUAUCUCGGAUAUCAACCGCAGAGAUAUAUUUUAAAACAGUUAUACGAUUAAUAAUUAAGUAUGCAAUUACUGUUAUUUCAUCAUAUAGUUAUGUAUAAACAUUAAAAUAAAAAGAGUAUUUCAGCAAAUA